AUGGACCUGGACGCUGACGAGGUAGAGCGAUGGCUGUGCGAAAAAGCGCCGCAAGAUCUGGUGGAUCGCGUGAUCCGGGCACGGCUCCAGCACCGCACCGGGUCGUUGACGAUAAGCCGGGCGAAACGCGGUUCCAUGACGUCUGAGAUGUUCAACACUUGGCUCGCGUCGUCUCCAAUCAAACGUUCGAGGUCGCCAAACAGAGUAACGCGAAGCAGUGGCGAAUGGAGGCAUCAUUUGGGUUUGUUAGACGAAGGGGAGCUUUUUAUGGAGCUCAUUCGGGAUGUGUCGAACGAAUUAGAUAUCGACGUCCUAUGCCACAAGAUACUUGUCAACGUCGGUAUAUUAACCAGAGCUGACCGUGGCAGUCUAUUCCUAGUGAGGGGCAGACAUCUGGUGGCCAAACUGUUCGACGUAACCGUGGACACGGAAUUGAACGAAGCCGUUCACAAGGCGAAAGAAGAAGAAAUCCAAAUACCAUUCGGAGUUGGGGUGGCGGGAACCGUGGCGGAAACAAAGCAAGUCGUCAACAUCAGAAACGCAUACCAGGACCCGCGGUUCAACCGGGAAAUCGAUCACAUGACGGGUUACACGACCAAUUUGAUAUUGUGCGUGCCGAUCUGCAACUACGACAACGACGUGAUCGGAGUGGCUCAGAUAAUCAACAAAACCGACGGCAGCCACUCGUUUACCGAACACGACGUCGAGAUAUUCCAGAGGUACCUGACGUUUUGCGCAAUCGGAAUACAAAAUGCUCAACUGUUCGAAAAGUCUAUACAGGAAUUCCAGAGAAAUCAAAUGUUACUCAGUUUGGCUAGAAGCAUAUUCGAAGAACAGAACAAUCUUGAUUGUCUAGUAUCGAAAAUCAUGACCCAGGCCAGAGAUCUGAUCAAAUGCGAACGUUGCGUCGUCUUCCUGCUGGACUUGGAAUGCGAAGAAGCUAGCCAUUUGGAACACUUUGGAGCCAAGCCAGGGAAUUAUUCGCUGGAAAAAAAAGCGUCUACCAAAAACAGCACCGACACGUUGGCCGAGGAGGUUGCUGUUACUCAAGAACAGCAAAAGGACGUCAAUUUCACCACGGUUUUUGAAUUGGGUUCGGAACUCGGGGUGAAGAAAAUCAAUAAAAACGUCAAGCCGUCCAAACUUCUUCAGAUAGCGCAAGAAGUGGCCAGCUCCACUCAGUUAUUGAACAUAGCGGACGUACAAGUUUGGGCCGCCUCGUUAAGCCGACAGCCGAGCAUGGAUAGCGAUGAUGGAUGCACGGAUCAAGUACCCAUCAAGUCCAUACUAUGCAUGCCGAUAUUAAACGGCAAAAAAGACGUGAUCGGAGUGGCGCAAUUGAUAAAUAAGGAAACCGGCUUUCCGUUUACCGACUGUGACGUGGCGACGUUCGAAGCUUUUGCUAUAUUCUGCGGUCUGGGGAUUCAUAACACGCAGAUGUACGAGAGCGCAUGCAAAUUAAUGGCUAAACAAAAAGUUGCGCUCGAAUGUCUGUCGUACCACGCGACCGCGUCAGUUGACGAUACCAUAAAAUUAGCGCAAGACAAAAUUCCUUCGGCCGAGACUUACAACUUGUAUAGUUUUAAAUUCAUUGAUUUUGAUUUGUCAGACGACGAUACGUGUAAAGCAACCAUCCGUAUGUUCCUGCAGUGCAAUCUAGUGCAACAAUUUCAAAUUCCAUACCAUGUCCUUUGUAAAUGGGUGUUGAGUGUGAGAAAAAAUUACCGACCUGUAAAAUAUCAUAACUGGAGACAUGCGUUAAACGUGGCACAGACUAUGUUUGCCAUGUUAAAAACUGGAAAAAUGGAAAGAUUCAUGAGUGACUUGGAAAUUUUGGGACUGCUAGUGGCGUGUUUAUGUCACGAUCUCGAUCACCGGGGCACGAACAAUGCUUUCCAGACGAAAACCGAAUCACCGUUAGCAAUUCUUUAUACAACCAGUACAAUGGAACACCAUCACUUCGAUCAAUGCGUUAUGAUCCUAAACAGUGACGGCAACAACAUAUUCCAAGCUUUGUCACCGGAAGAUUAUCGCUGUGUUAUGAAGCUGGUAGAAAAUUCAAUUCUGUCGACAGAUUUGGCUAUGUAUUUCAAAAAGAAAAACAGAUUUAUGGAGGUCGUUGAAAAUGGUGAAUUCGAUUGGCAAAGCGAGGAGAAAAAAGCUCUACUGUGUGGUAUUUUGAUGACUGCUUGCGACGUGAGUGCAAUCGCCAAGCCUUGGGAAGUUCAACACAAAAUGGCUAAGCUUGUGGCUGACGAAUUUUUUGACCAAGGUGAUUUGGAAAAGUUACAACUUAAUCAACAACCAAUGGCUAUGAUGGAUAGAGAAAAAAAAGACGAACUCCCACAGAUGCAAGUUGAAUUCAUCGAUGUCAUUUGUUUGCCAUUGUACAAAGUUCUAUGUGACACUUUUCCGUGGAUCACGCCAUUGUACGAAGGUACACUAGAAAAUCGAAAACACUGGAAAGAUUUAGCAGAAAAAGUCGAAAUGGGCUUGACGUGGAUUGACCAUGAUAAAAUUGAAAUUCCUGUUGAAGAAUUUUUUACUCACAAAAGCACGAAAGACAUAGAGUUCACAGUAACUACACUGAAUACUACACAAAAUUCCACGAAGAAAAGCAAUACAAAAAACCUCGACCUCAACCUGGACACUUCCACUGUGUUCCACCGAAACGGCGCCAAGUUUUCCAGUUUCCGGAAAAAGCCCACGUCCAGCCGGUCCUUCCGGAACCGCGUUAGCAGGUCACUGUACAACAGCACGGCUAGCGGCAGCGUGUCAGCCUCCAUGACUUCCGACUCCGUGAAGCCGUCUGACUCUGCGACCUCCACCGAUCAGCAUAACAUGAUCAGUUCCGCGUCGCUUCCGGUGUUCACAUCACCGGCGUCCACACCGGGCUAUAGCAGCAAGCAUUCCGCCCACACGCCGUCGAUGUCGGCCACGCCUGUGAAAAACAAAAGCAAAUAUUGCCGAAUUCUGUGAUAAACGUCGUUUUUUCGUAUGUUGUGUUUUUGGUUUUUUUCUCCCGUCCUAUAUGGCUGUAGCGUAGACUUGACGUGUAGUGUAGGAAUAUACCAUUACUUACUUUCAACGAUAUCCGGUCUAUGGGUGAGGGUUGGGAACUGAAACCUGGAACUGAAACCGGAACCCUUGUUCAAAUAGAUAUUAUAAUAAUAUUUUUUUAGUAAUUAAGGCAUUUAUCCAUGUUAAUGUUUGUUCAGGUUUUUUUUUAUUAUUAUUCGUGUACAUAUUAUUAUACUGUGACGUUCAAAAUCUAUAGCUGAAACAGAAAUUUAUGAUUAAUUUUGACCAAGCUCGAUAUUUAUGUUCUUCUAAUAGUCAAAUCAAAACUGACAUAACUGUAAACGAACCUAUAACGAAUUUGAUAUUCUGAUAUUAUGACAAUACACGUUGUAUUAGAAAACCAAAUAAAUUUGGUAAACACCGCGAGAUGAUCAAAUCAUAUAAUCGAUAUCUGAUCAAACUGUAAAAUAUAUUACAUAAUAUAUCAACACAUAAGCAUUGGAUAUGAUUUAUUAUAGUUUUACAUUAUUGUAUAUGUAUUUGGAUUUUUUUUUCAUAAAAUAUCCGUUUUUGUAUCAGAAAAUCAGCUAACCUAUCUAAAUUUAUUUAGUGGUGUUGAAAAAGAACGCGGAGGGGUGAUUUUGUUUGGACCAAUUCGUAUAGUUCUAUAUAUAUUUUUUUUUUUUUUUUGAUAAUUGUACAUUCUAUUUAAAAAGUGUUGAUGCGUAUAAAUAUUUUUGAAUGAAUAUGUUGUAAUAAUAUUCUGUACAGCCAAUGACUGAUAAAUGAUAACAGUAUCACAUUUAACUGUCUUCGAAAUGUUUAAAUGUUAUUGUAAUAUAGGCAAUAUAAUAAUUUAAUUUUUCUUUAUACAUUCGAAGUGUUAGAUGGUCGAUUGUACAGGGGGUUUGAGUAGUUUAUAUAAAUAUAUUGAAUUUUACUGCUAAAUAUUGGCAAACACUCAGAACAAAAUUUAUGAUUGUAUCAUAAGAUGCACAUAUUAGUACAUAUAUAUUGUAUGUACUUAACUAAAAUAACACUGAUUUUGUGUAUGCAUAAUAAUUGUAAUAUUUAAAAUAUAUUAUUUUUUUAGUCUUAACGAGAUCUUGUACCCAUCUUCCAUUCCUCACACUACACGCCAUGCCAUCUCCACCAACGUUUACGUAUCUUCCUCCUAUAAUUAAUGAUUAUUAUUGUUACACAGACCUUCGUUUUCGUUGUUGUCUAAAAAAUAUGGACUGUUUUAUAUAAGAGUAUAUAGUAAUAUAGUUAAAAAAGUAUUCUAAAUUAUUAUUAUGAUAAUUAUUUAUUAUUAAUAAUAUAUCAGAAAUGUUUAGGUAAAUAAUAUUGUAAAAGAUAAUUUAUUUGAAGAAAUUGUGUUUAAAUCCGGUCAAUCAUCAAUAUAAUAUUGUUUAAAAUUCCAAUCGAUUUUUGUUAUUCCGACUGGAACGAAUGAGAUUUGCUCGAACGAAACAAUUGCAUUUAGAAGAACAAUUAGUUUGAAUGGGCUACUAAAUCAAAAUAGUAACGAUGUUAACAUCAAAUGAUGUUUCAUAAUAUUAUCUGUUUUACCCUUUCACAAUAUUUAUAAAAGAGUAUAGAUCAGAAAAAAAAUUAAUAAAUAAUGUAGCCAUAAUCAUUGUUAUAUUAAUUAUUUUAAUUGUU